AUUCAACCCCCCACCAUCACAAUGGCGGCAGAAGUGCAACCUCUGCAGCCCAUAAAGCUACCAAAAGGUCCUUCCACCAUAAGUGCAGAGCAACAAUACUGGCAAUCCUUUGGCACUCCCCUCCUCCUCGACCCUUCCUCGCACUCCUCCCCCAUAACCCACAUAUCCUUCCCUCCUCCACCACCCAGCAGCCUUACCAUUUCCUCCUCCGACCUCUUUGCCGUAACCUCCGGCUCCCGCAUCCAACUCCUCAGUACGCGGACCCGCAAAGUCGUAAAAACAAUCUCACGUUUCAAUGUCGACGACAUCGCACACAGCGGGAACAUCCGCCGAGAUGGCAGGAUCGUGGUUGCCGGGGGAGACAGUGGAGCAAUACAGGCGUUUGACGUGAACUCGCGGGCGAUUUUGAAGACAUGGAAUGAACACAAGCAGCCUGUUUGGGUGACUCAAUGGCAUCCGACUGCGCUGACGGAGCUAAUGAGUUGUUCGGAUGAUCGCACGGUGCGGUUGUGGGAUUUGCCGAGUGAUAAGAGCACGCAAGCUUUCAAUGGCCACCAGGAUUAUGUGCGAUGUGGGGCGUUUAUGCCGGUGCAUAGUGGGCUGUUGGUUUCCGGGAGUUACGAUCAGACUGUGCGAUUGUGGGAUUCAAGAGCUGGUGAGAAAGCCGUAAUGUGCUUCAAGCAUGCCGCCGCUGUAGAAUCUGUACUGCCCAUGCCAUCUGGCACAGCAGUCAUAGCGGCAGCCGAUAACCAAAUCUCUGUCCUCGACAUCGUCGCCGCAAAACCCAUCCACCUCCUACGGAACCACCAGAAGACCGUCACAAGUCUCGCUCUCGCUAGCAGCGGAGAAAGACUGCUCAGCGGAGCCCUAGACGGCCAUGUCAAGGUCUUCGAAACCACCGGAUGGAACGUCGUCGCUGGCCUAAAAUACCCGAGUCCCAUUCUCGCCCUUUCCGUAAUCCCCUCCGGUGCCCAAAGAGAAGAUAAGCAUAUCGCCGUCGGCAUGCAAUCUGGCUCUCUAUCCAUCCGAACUCGCUUAUCUGGCCAACAAAAGAUCCAAGCCCGAGAACGAGAAAAGGAAAUGAAAGCCCUCAUCGAAGGCAAGAUCGACGAAUACGACAACGCCAAGAAACGGAAACGCGGGAAAGGCUGGGAGAAGCGAGUUCGCGGGAAAGACUUCACGGGCGAAGGCGCAGACAUCGUUAUCGAAGGCAACGCCCGAGGGAGAGUAAACAACAAUCUUCCAUGGGGACAUGCGUUGCGGUGGGGACAGUAUGCAAAGGCAUUAGAUCUAGUUCUCGAAUCAAAAGAUGGCAACUCCCGCCAACAAACCAUAACCUUGCUAACCGCUCUCCGGCACCGCUCCGCUCUGCGCGCUGCACUCUCCAGCCGCGAUGAAAUCACCCUCCAGCCUAUUCUCCGCUGGCUUAUCAAAGCUAUCUCUGAUUCCAGGAUCACUAGGCUGACGACUGAUGUUGCGCUUGUCGUGCUUGAUCUCUAUGCUGAUCAGUUAGGACGCAGUGAGGAGAUUGAUGCAUUGUUUGUGAUGCUGAUGGAGAGAGUGAAGGUAAUGGUUGAGGCAAGUCAGACGGCCUGGAGUGUGUUGGGAAUGUGCGAUUUGCUCGUUGCUGGGGCCGAAGGAGGGGCUGCCGAGGAUGCUGACUAAGGAGGAGGAAGUUUGGUUCAGGCUGGGAUUUUUGAUGCAUAGCGUUGGCGUUUGGCCAGGAAGGGAAAAGUUGGAGCGAUUUUUGGAUUAGAAAGAG